AAGCAUAGAGAAGGCCCAUAAUUGUCCCGCGAAGAGAAAAAAUCCCGAAACUUCAAAUCAUAUAAAUAUAUCAGCCAUUUUUAGGGCUUUUCUUUCUUGUUGCGUAGAAUUGCAGAGGACAGUCGUCAAAACCACUUCGUCAGUUAAAGAAAUUAUCAAAAAUGUAUUUGCAAUUCUACAUCAACGAUAAUGGCGACAAAGUCUACACUACCAAGAAGGAAUCACCUGUUGGUAAAGCCACACAAUCAGCUCACCCAGCUCGCUUUUCCCCUGAUGACAAAUUCUCGAGGCAGAGAGUUCUGUUAAAGAAGCGCUUUGGACUCUUGCCUACCCAACAGGCUCCUCAGAAGUACUGAUAACGGAUGGCAUGCCGUGUGUUUGGUGCUUGACUCUUGCAAAUCAGCUUAUUAGUGCUAUGGAGCAUUAGGGAUUGUUAGUUAAUAUAUGUAAUGGAAUGGCCUUUGUCUGUCGUAUGUUCUGUGAUCUUGAAUGCAGACUAAAGAUUAUUGAGAUGUAGACGUUUUAAGGAUGUAAUUCUAAGAACAAGUCUUACCAUGAUAUAUUCCAAAAUUUAAUUCCUUGGUUCCUUGCA